AAAAAAACUACAAUUUCAUUCUUUCAUCAAUUUUAAAUUUUGUCAUAUUCAUCAACAACAAAAUGACAUCGAUAGUAUUCGUUGUGGUUCUAACCAUUAUUUCCAUGGGAAGCGUCUCUCAAGCCACAUCUCGUGUCACCUUCCAGAAGCCCUUAAUUUCUGACCACCAUCAACAAUGGAUGACUCGAUUCUCUCGAGUUUAUACCAACGAGCUCGAGAAAAAGAUGAGAUUCGACGUGUUCAAGAAAAACCUGAAAUUCAUUGAGGAAUUUAAUAAGAAGGGAGAUAAAUCCUACAAGCUUGGUGUCAAUGAGUUUGCGGACUGGACUGAAGAGGAGUUCAUUGCCACACACACCGGUCUCAAGGGCAUCAACAAAAUUUCACCAUCUGAAUUUUUCGAUGAAAUGAUACCGUCUUGGAAUUGGACUGUUAGUGAUGUGGCCCGUGAGACCAAAGAUUGGAGAUCUGAAGGAGCUGUAACACCUGUUAGAUACCAAGGCCAAUGCGGAGGUUGUUGGGCGUUCUCAGCAGUCGCAGCGGUGGAAGGUGUCACAAAAAUUUCCCGAGGCAACCUCGUAUCAUUGUCGGAACAACAGCUUCUAGAUUGCGACAGAGAGCAUAAUAAUGGUUGUGGUGGCGGGAUAAUGUCAGAUGCUUUCAGCUACAUAAUAAAAAACCGUGGCAUUGCUUCAGAGCAAGCAUACCCUUUCCAAAUGACAGAGGGGAAGUGCCGUUACAAUGGUAGACCUGCUGCAUCAAUCAGAGGGUUCCAGACCGUUCCAAGCAACAACGAGCGUGCCUUGCUCGAGGCGGUUUCCAGACAGCCUGUCUCGGUUUCCAUUGACGCAGAUGGACCCGGUUUCAUGCAUUACUCAGGGGGAGUGUACGAUGAGCCGUACUGUGGGACCAGUGUGAAUCAUGCAGUCACGUUCGUUGGGUACGGUACAAGCCCUGAAGGGAUAAAGUAUUGGCUGGCUAAAAAUUCGUGGGGUGAGAGUUGGGGAGAGAAUGGUUACAUCAGGAUUCGUAGAGAUGUAGAAUGGCCUCAGGGUAUGUGUGGUGUGGCUCAGUAUGCUUUUUAUCCGGUUGCGUAACUAAGUGGCAGAUGACUUGGUAUUACAGUGUGAUAACUAUACUAAAACAUUAUAAUAACGAAAAAAUGUAUUAUUAUCAUAUAGUCUGGCUUAUCAAUUGUUUAGGUGUAGUCUAAAUCUGCAUAGCAAUGCUUGGCCUAUAUGUUUAGCAACAAAAAAUGCAUCACCUACAUGGUAUGUAUAAAAUCUUCACUGUAUAAUUUAGUUUGUAUUAUAUUUCCUGGAUAA